AUGUCGGAACAACUGGAAGGGGCACCUGAGACCUCGCCUCGUGCAGCUACUUAUAAACCGCUCGGCAACGAUCUCUUUCAAUUGAUCUUAACGCGAGAAAACAAAGCCGAAAUCUUUGAGUACGCGCUCUCCAAGUUAGAUGAAGGCGAACGUGAGGCGUCCACCAUACUGGAGAACCUCGCUAGAUGGGAUCCACAUACUGCGGGCCUAUUCACCUUACGCUCCUCGUCUACAAUCCUGAGCACACCCUUCCGCCUUAUUUUCCCCAGCUCCGACCUCUCUUCCUUCGAAGAGUCGGGUCUAUACGUUCGACAGUAUGUCGCCGUGUCGUAUUGCUGGCGGUCUGAGGAAUUCUUGCUAGAAGGAUACGAAAGGUAUGGCGACUGGCCAAUCAGCAAGCCAUUUGUGGACGCCAUAUUAGAAGACAAACGUCACCCCCGCCAAGGCAUCUGGAUGGACCAGCUCUGCAUCGACCAAGCAUCUGCCGUCGAUAAGCAGAAGUCGGUGGCAGCCAUGGAUGUAAUAUAUCGAUCCUGCAUACGGCUCCUAGUGCUUCUGGAAGAAGUGUACCUUGACGAGCAAGAAGCUGCGUUGCCAGAGAAGUACGAUCCCAGUAAAAAGAAGACGAAAUACGAACGGGCAUGGGUUCCUCCUGAAGAUGAAUGGGGCGCUUUUGCAAGUUUCUACCACAAGGUCAACGCUGCGCGGUGGUGGGAGAGGGCGUGGUGCUUUCAUGAGUUCAGCGUCAACGAACCCUGGACCGACAAGAGACAGUGCAACGAAAUACAUAACGCCACAUUUGUUGUGAACGGACCCAAAGGAUCGACCGUAAAGAUUAAAUGGUACACCUUGCAUUAUAUCAUGGUGGUUGCUUUGCAGACCUUCCCUGAUUUAGUGAGCAGCGUGGUGACAGAUGCUAAAGGGCAGGCCAUAUUCACAGCCAUGGACACGGCUGAACGAGUACCUGGAUGGAGAGGUAGCCUUAUGGCAAGGUACAAUGGUGUGGCGCGGAAAGGCUGCCUAUAUCUGGAGGACAGGCUGAGCGUGAUGAUCAACAUGUGUGGGCUUGGACUCGCGUACCAUGGACAUUCGUUGAGGACUACAGAUGAGGUUCUUUACUUGAGUGCCUUAUUGGCUCUUGCAGCAGGAGAACCUUAUCCGCUAACUAUGUUCCAUGGCACAACGAGUGUUAAGCUGACUGACAGACGAACCUGGUUACAGAGGCACGUCGCAGCUGAUGAUACCUCGAUUCCUAAAUUCAAGCUCGGAGGACUUCGCGGCAUUCAUCGCAUCUCAAAACAGGAGAUCGAACUAGAUGUGGUUUUCCUUCAGCCACCCGCAGCAUGGCAGCUGGCCCAGGAGGCAGAACUCAGGCUUACCUACCAAAUAUUUCCCGAGACAAUAGCGACCACACGACCAGGGACGCAUGGCCCGGUAGGAGAGUCGUACACGUUUGGAUGUAAAUCUGAUGCGGAAAUUGAUAAUUCGCGUCGCAGUUUUCUCGCCUCUUGCAUCACAAAUGGCUAUUCUUUCACAGAGAGGCUUUGGGCACAACUCAAAACAGACGUCGUAGGUCCAAAUUACAAUCAGGGCUUGUUCAAAGACCUAGCACCCAACCCGACUCUACACGUCGCAGCCCGAAGGCUCAUAGCGCAACUCUUACCAACUUCAAUGCUAUUAAGCAUCCCGCCACCUGCCACGUUCUCAUUCGAAGAUGCCCAGUUAUUCCUAACGUGGCUCACCGACCCGCGGUCCAUGUACUACAUCAGCACCUCUACAUACCGGCUUCAAUGCACAGCAGACGGCCAAAGAGGCUUUGCUACUACAACGCACGUCAACAAGCACUUCCGUGACGGGCCGGUCGAGGAGCUGAGAGCUGCUGUGCCAACCGCUUUGGUGGGUGAGUCAUGCAUACCACUGCGAGUGUGGCUUUUACGACCAGGGAAAGGCGAUGAUGGAGCGGAUAUAUGGAGGCUGGUAGGGAAGUCAAUAUUGCUUGGUGAGCCGGAUCUGAUGGGUGAAGCGAGAGGCAGUGAGGGAAGCAAGGGGGCGGUGUUGCAGCUGGGCCGGGCGGUUGUUGGUGGCUGA